GUACCGGCAGAACUAAUCCGCCUGGUGGCGCUGUAAGAAAGUAGGACAUCUCCGUAGCGACAAGCAGACGCUAAAAAUAUGGCUGACUUCGACGACAAAUAUUGUGAUAAAACGUUAUUAGAACUUAAGGAAAUUCUUCGCGUUCGUAAAUUAAAAGUUGCCGGAAAAAAAAGAGAUUUGGUUGAACGGUAAGUGAUGAUAAUCCAAUGUUUUCUUUAGAUUUAUUUAUAGAUGCUAGAAACUCGAGUGAACGAUAGUCGAUAGCUCUAGGCCUAAUCAGAUAUAAAUAAACAAACAGUGUCAGUGUUCACGAGUGUUUGUUUACGUAAUUCGUUGAUUGUUAUUGUUUUCCAUUCCGAUUAUAAUUUACACAAUUAAAGACUGUUGUUAGUUAUAAAUUUAUUGUAAUGAAACCUGGUGGAUACGAAGACAAUAUAAAAUAAUACAUAUUGAUAUAGGGCCUAUAUUAUAAUUUCAAUAAUAAAUAGAUCUAGGCUAAAUUUUAUUUCUUUUCGUCCAGAACAGGUAAAACCUUAUUCGGUAUUGCUAGCCGUCGAGGCUAUACUAUUUUAGUAUUAUUGUUAAUAAUAACACUAAAACCUGUCUAAUUUUAGUCUUUCAUUAAUUUAAAUUCUAGAUUGAUAUUUGAUGACAGAAAUUCCUCAAAAAAUGAACCUGCACCAGAAUUCCACAUGUGUCUGCCUGGAAACAGCGAGUAUACAGAUCUCCAUGCUGAUCACUUACAGAACUUCCCUAAUGUGACCAAACAGAGAGUAGUGGAUUUCUUACAACUAAGUGACCAAAAGUUGAAUGAAAAAAUUGAACUUCUUUAUGCACAGAGGUAUCUAAGAUAUGUGCGUGUAGUCAUAAAUGAUGUAACAUAUAUAACUUCGAACGUUUGGGCAGAAAUGAAAAGAUCAACAAGCUACAAAGUGGACAUAAGUAUAGAUAGGAAUGCAGUGAUCCAGCAAACUCAGUGUGAAUGUGCAGUAGGACAAGGACCAUUGGCUCAUUGUAAGCAUGUGGGAAGUGUUUUAUUUGGUCUUGUGAAAUACUGCACAUCUGGUAGCAUUCUAACAGAAGUAACAUGCACACAGGUUUUACAAAAAUUUCACAAAAGUAAGCCCAUGAAAGGUAGUCCAUUGAAAACAAGGAACCUGAGUGGAAUCAGAGGAAAUGUGAAGCCUGCUAUUUAUGAUCCAAGACCAGUGCAUAGGAAGAAUUCUUUAAAAAAUGAACAAAACUUGAGAAACAUGGUACUUAACUGGCAGGGAAAAUCAAAGUGGCCUGUGCUACAAAUGUAUGAAUCAGCCAACAUAAGAGCCUUAGCAGCUGACCAUGACUACAUGGAGCUGACAAUGGAGGAUCACUUUCUCAAGACUGAAAAGGUAUCCUGUAUUUCAAAGGCUGAAAUCUAUGAAAUUGAGCAGCAAACCAAAUACCAAAGUGCAUGUGACAGGUGGACAGCAGAAAGACGAAAACGAAUUACAUCUUCUAAUUUUGGAAAUAUAUGCAAGGCCACUAUAAAGAGAGACAUUGAUAUGCUACUGAGGGGUCUAUUACACCCAGUAAAUCUAAAAACUAAACAAACUAUGUAUGGGAGACAAUAUGAAAGUGUGGCAGUGGAGAGUUUUGAGACAUUGACAAACACUAAAACUAAGAGUUGUGGACUUUUUGUUAGUGAGACACACCCUAUGCUUGCUGCCUCACCAGAUAGAGUCAUUGACGAUGAAACUCUGGUAGAGGUAAAGUGCCCGUACUCAGCACGAAAUUAUUUAAUUUCUGAACAAACGGUUCCAUAUCUGACCAUAACUGAUGGGAAGUUAACCCUAAAAAAAACCCAUAACUAUUACUAUCAAAUACAAGGGCAGUUGUUUUGUGCGGGUAGGAGACAGUGCAAGUUUAUUAUUUUUACUUUGACAGACAUAAAAAUC